CGGAGGAAGAUUGUGGGAAAGUAAAGCGGUAUAAGAAGUUCCCUAAACAAGUGUAGGUGUAUGUAAAAAAGGAAAUAGAGUAAUUUUAGCGCUGGUUGUUGAUAUUUUGAUAGCACAUUUUCGUUCAAAAUGGAGGACAUCGUGAGUGAACUAAACUUUGAUGAAGGCAUUGCGAUGCCAGUGGCAAAUCUGGAGAAUAAACAGCUGGAAAGUGAGGUAAAAUACUUAAUACAAGAAAUGAAUAGUUUUAGGGAAAGUUAAGUUUUCGUAUUUAGUUAAUCUUAAUAGCCAGGUAUAAGAUAGACCUCAAGAUCUUGUUAACUUGUUUUACGUGACAGUUUCUUCGAUAGCCCAGACUGGAUUGUUCAAAGCUGGUUUAAGAUAACCCAGGGUUAGGGUGAAAUUUGAUUUUAGGUCUGAAAGCUUUGAAAGAAAAUCCAUAUAAAUCAUUUUUGUCUACAAUUUGAUGAUUGGCUGCUGUAAAAAGAGUAAGGAAAAAUAUCUCAAAAAGGCCUUUGAACAGAGAAAUAGAGAAACCUGGAUCAAAAUUUCACAACACGGGUAGGUUAGUGCUAACAAGCCUUUGAACAACCGGGUCCUGACCGCCAUGAACAUCGUUCAGCUUAGUUUGCAAAUGUUUAAAAUCAAAUGAACUCAUACCUUACCAAGAGAAGUCUUGAUGCACUGAUUGUAUCAAUUUUUGUCCAUUUGAUAGUAGUGAGUGGAAGAUUUUUUAUGAUUUUAUCCCAGUAAUGCAUAUUAAUUUUUUAAAUUAUUACAAAGCUAGAUCCCUAGUACACCUUGCCAAAUUUUCUCAUUAAUCAAACUGUGGUAAAGCUACCUCCUCUCUUGAACUUUUGAAUAGGAAAUAGUGUGAAACUAAAUCUAAAAUUGAGGGGAAAUUUACUUUGAAAUCUAGUAUCAGACCAUUUCCACAUUAUAUUUGAUUUAUGCAUGUACAUUACUUUUAUUUUCUUUAGGUAACUGAGACCCAGAAGAACAUCACAACUUACAAAGAGCAGCUCGAUGAACAUGCUGACAGAAUCUAUGCUAUGAGUGAACAUCUCAGAAAUGUACAGCAGGAACUACAACACACACAGGUGAGUGUAAUCCAGGAAGGUUUGUGCCCUUGAUUCUCCACCACUAUAUUUUAUUUUUUAGUGCCUUGACGUUCUUAAUGAAGUUUUUUAAUUUCACAAACAGGAUUUGCUUAAUGCAAGGAAAAGAGAGAUAGAGACUGAAAAUCACUUGAUGCAGAUAGGUAUGUGGAAGUUGUUACUAGUCAUAUAAGAUAACUUUCUUCUGCUUUUUUGAUCUGUGGGCAAUAUGUUAUCUAUACCUUCCACUCAAACGCCUAACCCUUUAACCCUUUAGAGUGAUUGGCAUUUAAUUUAUUCUCACAGUAUUGCUGUUUAAUCAAACAUUAAGGUAAAGAGAAUAAAGGAAAUGAUCACCAACCAAAGAAGCUCUUGAUUGUUAAACAAAUUCUCCUUGUCAGCACCUCAGUAAAUGUAUAGAGAAUAGUAUAGGGAAAAUGCAUGCAGAUGAUAAGGUAUAAAGGGUUAAAUAUCAGGUAUUGCUAAUGAAGAAGGGUAGUUUCAGUUGAUAAACUGAGAGGUUGAUACAAAACUCAUGUGAAUUAUUGGCGACUAUCAUCAAAAUGGCAAAUUUUAAAAAGGUGACAUUUCAAGCUUCAGCUCCAAAUGUACUCUCUGAAGCUUUUCAAAAUUUUCUACCUAAGUAAUUACAGUUUUCCUCUUACAAACUGUAUGAUAAAGUAAAAAAUUGUCUUUUGAUAACUGAAGGUAAUCACUUGUACUUUAUAUGAUUUUUUAUAGAAUAAUUCAAAUAGUACAUGUGCUCUGAUUGGCUAUGAAACCAUUUUACAUGAGUGUAUGUAAACACGGGUUUCAUACUGAAUAUUCUCGUGGAGUUCUCCCUGCUAUUUAUUUAGCAGUAACUCAGUUUCUUUAAGUUUGAUUUGGAAGAAGGAGAUUUUCCAAAUUUUUCUUUGGAGAUUAAUUUUCCCAGUAUUCAAGAAAUGGCUGAAAAGCCAAAUGAACAACAACAACAAGCAUGUUGCUUUCCUUUGUUGCAAGAAGAGGCUCUUUCAUUAGUUAUUUUAUAAAAGAAAUGUAAAAUGGUUUCUGUGUUUACAUAGCCUAAUGUAAACACUUGGGAGGUUGGGAGAACACAUGGUUUCCUACGCUUAUCUCAUGUUCUCCCAACCUCCCGCGUGUUUACAUAAACACGGAAACCAUUUUACAUUUCUUCAAUACAACAAUGGCUGAGUGUUACCCAUUGAUUUUAGCUCAAAGAGAGGAAGGAAGACUGAACAAUGAGAUCAGGAGGAUCAACAAUGAAAUAAAAGAUUUAACAGAAAAAAGGAAUAUCAUAGAAGUAAGGAAACUGUUUACUGUCUAUUUUUUUUUUUUUUGCUUUGCUUGUCAGUGGCUGUUUCACAUGUCCAAUUUGUGAACUUUUGUCCACCAGAACAAUAUUUUCAAGAACACACAGAGGCUGGAAGAUCUUAAAAGUCAGAUGAACUGGGACCAGAAAGCAUUGGAAGCAUGGCUGGAAGAAUCUGCAAGGAAAGAUGAGGAUGCAUUGACACUACAAAAGUACACUCGUUCAGAUGAAGGCAAAGUGAAGGUUAGGAACCAUUACACGUUAAGCAUAUCUACUACUACUGCUAUAUAGAGCAGAUGAUUAAAUUCCUGUAACUCCAUUUGUGUAAAGUGGAGGAACUCUACAAAAUUCUAAGAGUAGGGUACACUACCCCAUUUUCUCAAUCCGUAGCCUAUUUUAGACCAAGACAUGCCAUUUUCCACACUCUUUUUCUAGCCUGGUGUAUAAAAUCCAUACCCUUUCCAGUACUGACUUUGGUAAAAUUAACACAAAAAUGGAUCAAGCUAGCCAUUUUACUUAUUAAGUUUGUGGAGUGGUAUUUCACAGUAUAAAACAAUUUUCGAUUCAUGUUGUACAUUACCAUGAAAUUGCACUCUACAAUUGUCUUGUCCUUGAAACCAACCAGGCCUACUCAACCUUUUAACCCCUAAGAGUGACUAGCAUGUAAUUUCUCCAUACAAUAUCACUCCCAAAUAAGUUUAAGGUUGUUAGAUUGAAGAAAAUGAUUACCAACUAAAACAAGCUCCUGAUUGUCAAAUAAAUUCUCCUUUUCAGAAUCUUAAGAAAUGUAUAAUGAACAGUAUGAAAAACAUGCAUACUGAUGUUAGGGUCAAAAUGAUUAAUCUAAUGACUUAAGAUGGUAUUUUAACUCACCUUAAUCUUUCUAAUUAUUAGGAAUUAACAUUAAGGAUGGAAAGAAUGACAGAUGAUGCAACUAAGAAGAAAAGGGAACUGGAGCAUGAAUUAACUCUUACCAUGACAGCCCAGGUCAGUAACACGCUGAAAUGAUUUUCCAUGUGUACAUGUGUAGUCAUAAACAGUUUAAAGAUAUGUAGAAUAUGUAACAAUCCCAUUUUAAGUUUUUACCCAGGCAGACAAAAAUCAAUCUUGUGUCACAUCUGAGAUCAUACAUGUAUAUUUUGUUAAGUGGUGUACAACAUGUAACUGUUUUGCUUAAAAUGUUGUUUCAACCACCAGCUAUAAAUGCAUGAUAUGAGAAAAAUAACAUUUAGGGAGUUUCAAAAUUCUGUUCAUUGUUGUUAACCUGAGCAAUUUCUUAAAUGUUAAGAUUGAAUUAGACAAGACAGCAGAAGAGUUCCGCAAGGCACACAGUGAGAGACAAGAAUUGCUGCGUCAGUGGGAGAACACUAUUGAACAGAUGCAGAAAAGAGACAGAGAGAUGGAUCAACUGGCUGUGGUCAGUAUUUUUCCAACUUCAUGUGAUCAUCGAGGAAGUUGUGUUAACUACAUAAUGUAACCUUUGUCCAUAACAUUCACUUGAAACUUCUUAUGAAUUCUACAGUGUACACAAAUUUACAAGUCAUUUAACAAAUGUUCCACUAAUGAAGGAAAUUCAGGUCAAACAUGAUGAUACAAUGUACUGUAUAUCUUCUUUUAGCUUUUAAGUGUAGUUUAAAAUAUUCAAUGAAACUUUUUUCAUGUAAGGAGUAGUGUUUAGAUGCUCUUUUUGAUAACUGUUUUUUUUUUUGUUCAGAAACUUGCUGAAGUUAAACUAGAAGUCAGAGACAGAGAAGAGCAGGUCCAAGAAAAACAGGUUAAAACAUCCUUUGAACUGACAAUAAUUCCAAGUCUAUUUUACAAAGUCAUUAACAGGACAUGGACAUACACCACGAAAACUUUGAAUGGUUGAUGUUAUUUGGCCUAAAGAUUUUAAAGUUAUUGAGCAGACCUAGUAAUUUCUAUGUUUUUUAACUUAUCUAUCAUGUCUUAUUAGUUUUCAAUCUCCAAAUUACUUGGGAGUGACAGAUUAUAUUAAGUAAAAUCUUUCUCCUCCUGGUCUCUGAUUAUAACAGAAAUUUCUGGAGAGUGAGCUUGCUAACAACCAAGAAAAAGAGAAGAAAGUUGGAGUGGCUGAAAGACAGGCGGCCAAAUUGCGUCUGGAGUACCAGGAUGCAGAACAAAUUAGGAUACAGUUUCAAGAUGAGGUAAAUCUUCACUUGUUUACCUCUGCAUGUUUAUUGAGUAUAAAUUGUUAAAUAGAGAAGGCAUUUUGUUGUGGAUUUAAUUUUAAAAGGAGUGGCCUUCUAAAAUGUUGAAAAUUGUUUGUUUCUUAUAAUUGUAACUCAGCUUUGAACUGUGAAGUUCAACUUAUUUAGGUGCUGAAGCUGAGAUGCAUGUAAGGCUUAUUUAGUAAGAGGCAUUCAGUUCUCCCGGUGUUAAUUAAGUUUCUAGACCUAAUACUAAAGCUAGGCUAGAAUUUGCUUUUGGUUAUUCAAGUGUUCUUUAAUUAACAAUUCUUCUUGUGUUUCUUUGCAUUUGUCAGCUUGACACGCUGAAAUACACUGUGGACAGGACAGCAAGAGAUCUUGAAAGUGCCCGGCAUAAACAUAAUCUGCUCAAGAAAGAAGUUACCAACAGAACAGAAAGGUAUAUAUAUUGUACAUACCCAUCACUAUGACCUAAGUGAUGCCAACAUACCAGUUGUUGAACCCAGGAUUAAACUUCUUUGUUGGGACUCAGUUAAUUUUAUCUAAGUAUGCACCUAUUACAAAAAAAUAACUUGAUAUGACUGUUCUUUGUGAAUUGAUGAACAUGUAUGUUUUAUUAGUAGUGUCUCCACAGUAUAUGCAUUGUGCUACUUUCUCGCAGUGAUUGCAAAUUUAAGCUGACUGAGUCAUGUGAACCACUUAGGCUUGAUAGAGUGCAGAAGGAGCGAGAUGAUCUGCGGCAUCAGCUGAAAAUUGUUACUGAUGAGACUCUUACUGCUGAAGAAAAAGCUCAAAGAAUGGACAUGCUGUUAAAGGAAGAAGAAUCUCGUAUUUAUGAUGUGGAAAAACAGCUUGCCAGACUUCGUGAAACUCAGGUAACAUUUUUAAGGAUGAAGGUGGUCCUUCUAUAGUCAGCGUAGUAAAAUAACAAUUCAUGAUGGGUUUUUCACUUUUACUACUAUGCACUUUUCUAAAUGUCAGCAUAGCUAUUUUUAUGGUUAGUAACUUGCAAUUUUUUUUGUUUUCUGUUAGUCAAAUUAAAUCGUCAUUCUAGCAACCAGCAGCAUGAUUUACUUUUUAAUUACCAGUAAUUACUAUUGAUGAGCCAUUUUUGGAAUUCAAAGCUAAGAAUUUAUACAUUUAUUAUGUUCACAGACCAGCGACCUGUUUAUAGUAACUCGUUUCUCCUCACCCCUUCUUACCAAAAAAUCAUGUGGAGACUCUCCUAUUCUUCUUUGGGGGAGGUGAGGACAGAAUAGACAAUUGUUCACCAAGACUAACACAAGACUAUGAAAUGUAAUAUAAAUAAACAAUGAGAAGUAAUUGCCAUGAAAUGUUUCCUUUUUUAGUUCAGAAAAACAGAGGAACUGCAUGAAUGUAAAGUUUUGGAAAACAAUACUGCAGCUGAAAUUCAGGUAAUUAGGGUUUGCUGUUAUCCCAAUUCUCUUGACUGGGACAAUGGGAGGAUGUACAUGUCUUAACAAUUUCAAUCCUCAAUUGUUUUUUUUAUGUGAUUUUCUUAUUUUGUUCAGGGUGCAAGAGCUGCCAGUAGGAACUUGAGCAGUAAACUACACAAACUUGAUCAGGAAUCACUCAAACAACAGGAAAUUAUUUAUAUGCAGGUUAGGAUUACUGUGAGAGCUGAUUGUUGUCAACCUUUCAUUCUGAGUCAUAUCUAUGUGAAGACUAGGAUCUCCUUCUAAAUAUCACACCCAGAGGAAGAUUCAAUUUAGACUUCAUAGUCCAUGUAUGGGAUUUUUGAGCAUUGUCUUACAUUAUAUUGUUUUAACUGAAGUAAUGUAAUUGCUUUGUUUGUGGUUUUGUAGGAUUUUCAACUGCAACAGUUGGAGCGAAGAAUAAGCCGCAUGCAGGGAGAGCGAAGUAAUGAAGAGAAACUGCAACUUGAGGCCAGAAUAAAGGUAUAAAGUUUACAAGUGUUGAUUGUACUUUUAUGGGCAUUGUGUUCAGAAGUGAAAAUUUCACGUUAUGGCACUUUGACUAUUGCACUUGACUUAGAGGAGAUGAAUACAGUUCUUAUUGAUUGUCCUUUUUUCUUAACUUUUCUCAGGAUCUAAUGUCUCAGAUGGAGGAACACAACUCCACUCACGCACUUCUCAGUGCUCAAAUGAAGAACUUGAACGUAAGUUUGAUGAAUGGCUCAACCUGUCGUUUAAAAAAAAUUGUGUAGAGAUGUAAAGGUAACUCUGAAAAGCCAUAGUUAUUAUUUUGUUUUUUCGAACUUUCAUUUUCCAUAGGAUGAUCUAAGACGUGCAAACCGAGACUUAAACAAAGGAAAAGAAGAAAUGAAGACUCUCACCAGCAAAAUCGGUGAGUGAUUUAUCAUCAUGAUGAUUCCAUGAUACAAAACAUUCGUCUAAACAUUGGUUUUCAAAGUGAACGAACUUCUUCCUCCUUCUUUUGCAGAGGAACUGAAUCUACAUAAUGACAGCUCAGAGAGAGAGAGGAAGAAAGUUGUUACAUUAAAACAGGUUUGCACUACAGCCUUCCUUUUGUUUCUCCGUUUAUUACGCACAUGGAAAUGUUCUUUACAUAAAAUACAUCGGUAUGUACCCCACAGAUAAAAAAGGGCUUUUUGUGCGCACUGAUUGGCCAGCCCGCUAGUGAUUAGCCAGAACUAUCCACUUCCUUGCAAGCCAAAGAGACAAAACCGCGUGAUAAGAGUUUGUUCUGCGUCCAAAUUUUUUAGGUUGAAUUUGACUACCCUAGAGACCUAUGAAUUGAUAGAUUGACUGAUUCAAUCAUUUUUCAAUAACGUUUUAUUUUGUCUCUAUUUUUCGUAGGAUCUUAUGGUGGAUGAGAAUAUUCUGAAGCUGGAAAUCAAACGCCUCAGAGAAACUCUAAGCAACAAAGCAGACAAUGUGCUUAACCUCGAAAAGAGGAAACUGCAGUUGGAAACGGUUCGUGUUUCACGUUGCAUUUUUCCAAAUCUGUCAUAAUGCUGUCAGAGAACGUACGACGUAAUAAUUCGUUCUGUAUCCUAUACAAUGUUUGCUGUAAGGUGACCAAGCUUAAGGUGAUUCCUUUUUUUCAAAAUGAACCAUACUAAAGCUGCAAUACUUUGUCUUACUGCUACUGCAGGCGAUGAAACAGCGGCGCCAUGAAAUAAACAUUCAUAAAGACAUGCUCCAAGCACAGAUUAAAUCUUCAGAAGAAGAGAGACAGACAGUCAGGUAUUGAAGCAUUUCAAUUGAAAUACGCGACGGAUGUCGUUUCUUCUUUUGAUAGAUUAAAUAACUGGUUCUUUUACAUUUUCUUGCAGCUCCGAGUUACAUGAACGGAUAUCCAAGAUUGACAAAUUGCGGAAAAGGUACAGUGGCUGAUCAUUUGAGUGUGUUAGUGAAUGAAUGAGCAAACGAACCCUGUAGGUUUCUUGAAGUCUCCUUACAACUUAUUUUAUUUUUGUGAACUAUUCUUUGUGAACUUUAUGGUGGUGAAUAAACUUGAACUUAAAUGAGCCAACAAUUGAAUGAAUUGGAUUGCAAACGUAACAGGGAAUUUUGUGUGCAUUACUUUUUUGAUAGUGUAUUUCCUAUUUGUUGGCGCCAGGUAUGAAAUCCUGAUGAUCUCAAUGGCGCCUCCCGAGGGGGAGGAGGAAAGGUCUCAAGCCUAUUACGUUAUCAAGGCAGCUCAGGAGAAGGAGGAGCUGCAGCGUGAGGGAGAUGAACUGGAUGCUAAGAUCAGAAAGGCUGAGAAAGAGAUACGGUAAGGGUUAAGCGAAAUAAGAAGGCAAUAAAUAUCUAGCGGUGAAGAUAAUAUCGAUAUAUUUGACAUUAUAGGUUCUUGGCAGACUAAAAAUGCUUUUUUUUUUCAUUAUUUAUAGAGCUUUGGAAAACACAUUGCGGCUGAUGAACGGCCGGAACGAGACUUACCGGAAAAGUUUUAACAAAGUGGACGAGAUGAGUGAAGAGUAUGACGAGAAACAGCGUUUGGAGGAUCAGAUGCGAGCUGUGAUGGAUAAAUAUAAAUACAAACGACGGCAAAUCCGUGAGUUACAGGAAGACCUGGGCUCUAUGGAGGGCACCUUAGAAAACUUGACCGCGGACGAGCAAGGCUUGGUUGAGGUCAUCACUGAGAAGCAGGCCAAGGCGACAAAUUUACAGAGGGAAUUGGAUGAUCAGAAGACAAAGAAAGACCGAGCUUCCCGGGAGGCUAGCAAGAUUGCGCGCUCCGUAAGGAGUGCCAAGAAAAGUUCAGGGGAACUUCACGAGGAAAAGGAUAUGGAUUUGAGAGAGUUGAGGGACUUUAAUACGCGCACCAUGAAACAAAUGGGCGAGGUGUUACACAGUCAUCCGGAUCUAGGACCCAGUGUCCAGAUCUAUUUCAGCCAGGCAGGGUUACCAAUGCCUCCUUCCCCAGGUCCUGGUAUGUCACGGCCAACAUCUUCUCGUAGCUCGCGGAGUUCUGGGACGUUGUCGUCUGCUCGGUGAGUAAGACAGGGUUUGUGUGCUUGUAAAUGGAUCUUCGAUACAAAAUUGGAGAAUAGCAGAAUGAAAAAAAUGAUCACCACUUGGUAAAAAAGUAAUUGAUCACACUGCGAUUUCCCGAGCAGUUUUCAAAUAAAUAUCUAAAGUAAUCCUGAAUUGCAGUAGCUUUCUUUCCUUUUCAUUGCUCUGUCAACUGCUCUUGACUUCGUCAUUUGCGUUUGUUGGUGCUUCAAAAACUCUGUUAGCCUUCACUUAUAUAACUUUUGUGUUCUAUGUGAUAGUUUUAUUCGCUAUGAAUGGCCGUUGCUCUAAAAUCAUUUUCCUCCUCAUUUCUCCUUGUUGUUCAGUUUAAGCGAAAAUAUACUCUGCGCAGUCGGGAAAUAGCUUUUGUCACAUAAUAUUUCUGCAGGGACCUCGGAUCCUAUAUUCGACUUACACUUCUUAUUCUCGAUGUUUUAAAGUGAAUGAACUUUUCUCGAGUAGAGAAGCAACUCGUUAAUUUUGAAUUGAAUUGUAUGCUCCCUUGUACAGAUCUGAUAUCUCAACUGGCAGCCGCCGAGGUGUUGGUACUGUUGAUGUUGGAGCUCUGGCUCUUGCGGGUGCUGCAAGCCCCACUGGCGCAGGGAGUCCGAAGCCAGGUGAGAGCAUGAGCCGUGGGACAAGUUGCUUGAGUACAGCUUGAGUACAGCUUACGUACAAAAUGAAACAUUAAGAAAUUAGGUAGCUCCAAGCUUAAACUCUUUUCAAUUUGCCGUUUGGUGGCCUCAGAUCAUGAUAUGAUCGCCAGAAAUAUCAAAUAGGUGUCUUUGAAUUUGCGACUAUGAUUGCAAACUUAGUCGCCAUGUCGACCUGAAGGGUCGCAGCUUGGGGCACUGUUUGUCCAGAAGGACAAACCCAUGAAUUAUCUCUUGUAAAAUUAAAACAGAUAAGGCUUCUCUAUUGUUUGUUUGUUUGUUUUUUUCUUUUUUUUUCAUUUUCCACUUAUUAAAAAAUUCAAACCAUUUAAUUGUUGCUUGCUAUUUUAUUAUGAGAGAACAUAACUCAAUUUUUGAGUUUAUGGAGCUGAUUCAUUUACAUCAAAGGACUGCACCAAGAAAGGGAUGAGAGGUUCACUUCUGUUACUAUUAUUCCAACUCCAGUCAUUCCAUUAGAAUAACUGUUUAAUUUUUUCCUCGCUCGUUUCCAGGUGUCUCUCCUACAAGCAGUGCGCGGGGAAAGAAAACGAGCUCAAGGCCUGGCUCAGCGACUGGUUCCAAGGCUUCCUCCCGUGUGAGCAGCGCGGCCAGUCGUCGUAGCACGGAUCGUCGUUAAAUUAUUUAUUUAUUUUUCGUUCAAAAUUCUUUGUUCAUACUUUUCAUCAUCAUUACUGAGGUCACCUUUAAAAUGUUUUGUAAAUACGCAUGUAAAUAGUGAGCAACUCUAGAGAGUAAAGGUACAGUUUGUAAUAAAGAGUGAAUUUCUCUGGCUCAUGAUUCCUCGGUUUAUGUCCACUCUUCUUCCGUCCAGACCGUUUCUUUGUCAAAAAAUAUUGCAGGCUGCUUGACGCAUUGUCUAU